AUGGCCACUAUCACAGAGACUGCCCCCGUGGCUGUAUCGACUCGCGCAGUUGAUCUCACAAAGUUUCCCGAUGGACUCAAGACAUCAGGACAACACCCUCCUGUCUACUCGCAAGUCCGCCCUUAUGCAGACUUCCCCAAGCACAUUGAGGGACCUACCGUAUGGAAGGCCGGCGACUACUCUCAAAACCCAGAGAAAUGGACCCACCAGUUCACAGAGGAAGAGAUCCAGGAGAUCGGCGAUGCGUCCGAUAAGUUUAUUCAAGAUAAGAUCCCUCUUGAAGGUAUCUCCAAGACAAAUUUCCCUCUUCCCAAGCUUGCCAAGCGCAUGGAGGAGCUCCGCAGAGUCCUGAUUGAUGGGACCGGAUUCUGGCUAUUCAAGGGUAUCCCUGUUGAUGAAUGGGAUCUCCAAAAAUGUGCUACCGCAUACAUGGGUCUUGGAACCUACCUUGGAUACUUCACCAGCCAAAAUGGCCGUGGUCAUGUCCUUGGACACGUCAAGGAUCUCGGCGAAGACCCUACCAAGACUGAUCGAGUCCGUAUCUACCGUACUAACGCCCGUCAAUACUUCCACACCGAUGGCGCCGACAUCGUCGGCUUGCUGUGUAUCGCUAAAUCAAAAAUCGGCGGUGAAUCCGACAUCGCCUCCACACACAAUGUUAUCAACACCCUCCAAGAAAGACACCCCGACGUAAUCGAAACAAUGGCCACACCAACCUGGUACUUUGACCGUAAGGGCGAAGUCUCCGAGGGCGAGGGGAGUGGAUCCGUGAACGAGCGCGCAGGAUCAGACCCACGCGUGUAUGCCAAGUUCGAUCCAAACAACCUAACCUCUCUCUCACGUUUCAACACCGGUCCUGAUGCAAAGAUCCCGCCUCUAUCAGAGAAACAGAAGUAUGCUCUGAAGAUCUGGGAAGAGACCUGUGCUGAGCUGGCACUUCAUAUGGUUCUCUCACCCGGUGAUAUUCAGUUCGUUAGUAAUUCGCAUGUUUUCCAUGCGCGCACAGCGUAUGAAGAUCACCCCACUGGUGCGGUUGAUGCGAAUGGAAAGUUGAUUCGGGCUCGUCACUUGAUGAGACUUUGGCUGUCUGCUCCUGAGUCCGAGGGUGGUUGGAAGCUUCCGUAUCAUGAUACUUUGGAGAAGAAGAGAGGUGGUAUUCAGGUCAAUGAUCAGCCGCCUUAUUGUCCUCUGGAUGCGGAGUAA